GACCAAAACAGUCGUUAGUUUUGAAAUGGGCAGAUAUAAUGAAGUUUAUGAGUGCUGCGUCGGACUUCACAUAUUUAGCUGCAAAGGUUAUCCUUGUUUUCAGAAUUUGUGGUGCUUUAAGGUGUGCUGAUCUUACUAAUAGUAAGGUGCAAGAUGUUGAAGAUCUAGGAAACAAGUAUAUUGUUUCAAUCAAUGAGACAAAGAACGACGUACCUCGCCAAUUCAUCAUCGGAGAACUUUUUUAUGCGACCGUUAAGCAAUACACUGCCUUGAGACGAAGUGAUAAUUUUACUGAGAGAUUUUUUAUUCAAUUUCAAAAAGGAAAAUGUCAUCGUUAUUGGUCGGAAUAAAACAGGAGAAACACCUCAAGGUAUAGCUAAAUAUUUAAAUUUGACGGAUCCGAAAAAAUACACAGGACAUUGUUUUCGACGCACUGCAGCUACUCUCGCAUCUAACUCAGGUGCAAAUGUCACAUUGCUCAGGCAAUUAGGAGGGUGGAAAUCGACAGCUAUAGCACAAGGUUAUGUGGAAAAUUCGAUGGAAAACAGAAAAAGAAUUUUUGAAAGAAUAACCCACAAAGCAGUAUCGCAAGCUCAAUCAAAUCCAACGUCUAGUAAACACUGUUCGACUAAAGCAGUCAUUGAGGAUAAACAAAAUCACACAAAUCCAGCAGUUGAUUGGAAGGAUAUGUUUGAAAAUUUUGAUGUAACUGAUGAGGAAUUAAAUACAAUUGAUAAAUUAAAUAAGCCAAAAGUUCCUGAAUCAUCGGCACCUUAUUUCACUACUGCGAACAAAAAGAAAAUACACAUUCCGCGCGAUAGGCCGUCAAAAUCAGCUGAGCAUUUUACAUCAAAACCACCACUUCGACUUUCUUUUCAUACUUCACAAAAUGAACCGCCGUCUAAAAAAAUUAAAAUUGCAGAAAGUGAAACAAGUAGACAGACAUUACAAUCUACAAUGGAUCAUCAAGAAAAAAAUAUUAAUUUGAUUUCAGCUCCCAACAAAAAUUCAUUUGUUAAGUAUGAAAAUUGUGUUUUUCAUGGAAAUAUAAUAAACAAUUUUUAUUGUUCGGGAACCGAUUGUAAAAAACAAGAAAAAAAAUAAGAUGUAAUCUUCGCAAUACAUAC